CGUCAGGCGGGAAACAAGCCAAUCACAGCAUUUUCAUAGCAUCUCCCUCAGCGUCGCUAUACGCCCAUAGCAGGCAAAAUAUGCUACACUUUCACUUUCUUUACCGACUGGUGUCGCUGAAGGACAGUGUUACUUUAGGAAGACGAGUAAACCAUUUGAUUUCAUAAAACUGUAAAUCUGAAUUCCUUGAAAAUCAAUCGUUUACACAACUACAAAAUGUUGUUCACCUUUGUUUACUGUUGGUAGUAGCCAAUGCUAUAUAAGGGGGGAAAUGUUCAGCUUUAAUACUACCUUUUUUUAAAUCUGAUGUCAAAACUAUUUACAUGUGUUUUUUAAUGAUUUGAGUUACAUACUUUGCAAUAAAACAAAGCAGUUAAGUUGAUCCUGAUCUUGACAAAACGGCAAGACAGCAUUGCGAAACCCACACCAUUUUUUUUCAGAGUUGCUCAGAAAAAGUGAUUCUUCAGAACUGUGGGAAGCAGGAGGCAACAUCAGGGGAACAGCGAGCAUCACGCAUUUCACCAUAACAUGAUGAUUCGCUUGAUAGUGUUGGCGUUGGGCCUUAGUAUAGUAAUCGGACACGGCAACGAUGAACCCACCUUCGUCACAGCAGAUUGCAGAGUUGAUAUAAUUUUGCCUUGUAGUGCCCUUCAAAACUGUAAGAACUACACCUCUGUUACGUGGUACAAGUUCUACAAUAACAGCAGUGACAAAUCUACGAUGACAAUCCUCAAAAAGUCAGAAAAUGUCAUCCAAACGGAUAAGCACAAUGAUUCUGUGUCACUGGAUAAAAACGCCUCUUUGGUCUUGAGGAAAGUUGCUCCUUCAGAUUCUGGGAUCUACAAGUGUUUGAUUAGAGUCAAGGCUGGAGGAAAGAACUGUCAAAAGUCGUUUAGACUGAAUAUCUCAGAUUGUGUGUCAACACCUUCACCCAUUAUCGUUGAUUUCUCCACCACUAAGUUUAUUAAUGGGUCAUGGACAAACAUCAGCAUCCCAGUGACUCAUGUAGAUGAUUCAGAGCCCUCUGUCUUCUGGGGUUGUGUAGGACUAGCUGUGAGUAAACUUGUCCUCAGUGCUGUGUGCAUAUGGGUUCUCGUUGAGGUCAGACAACUUAGAAGAAGAAGACAGACCUAAGAUCAACCAUGGUUUAUCAUCACCUUCUAUGUUUGUUUCCAUAUCGUCUAUAUAUAUAUUUCCUUACAUUCUGCAAACCUGUGGAGUGACCAUUUUAUGUUUUAUUAAAUUAUUAUCUUAAUAAUUUGAAUUUGCCUGCAAAUAAUACAUUUAAUGAUACAGUCAUGAUGAAACAGUAUUUUUGCUCUAACUGAUCUGUGCUUUGUAUUCGUUAUAUUUAUUUCCAUAAUGAAAAUGAUUUACUCAACCAUAUUAUUGUUCCAAACCCGUAUAAAAGAACAGUUCUAUUGCACUGAUUGA